GGGCCGGUGCGCGCGCACAGACACCCGCACGCUCCCUCUCCCUCCACCCGGCUCAGUGGGUCUCUUCUUCCAAGAUGACAGGACGGAGGAGGCCAGGCUGCUGGAAUCAGCUGGUGAAUGACCAGCCUCCAUGGUUCUUAAUGGACCAACAAGAUUAUUUUCAUUAAAGAUGGAAACAUUGGAGUCAGAAUUGACCUGCCCAAUCUGCCUAGAGUUGUUUGAAGACCCCCUCCUGCUUCCGUGUGCCCAUAGCCUCUGCUUCAGCUGUGCCCACCGAAUCCUCGUGUCCAGCUGUAGCUCUGGGGAGUCAGUUGAACCCAUCGCCGCCUUCCAGUGUCCUACUUGCCGAUAUGUCAUCUCCUUGACCCAUCGUGGCCUAGAUGGCCUCAAGAGGAAUGUGACCCUACAGAACAUUAUUGAUCGGUUCCAGAAGGCUUCUCUGAGUGGGCCCAAUUCCCCAGGCGAGAGCUGCCGGGAGCGGACUUAUAGGCCUAGCCCCACCAUGUCUAGUGAGCGAAUUGCAUGCCAGUUCUGUGAACAGGCCCCACCACGUGAUGCAGUCAAAACCUGCAUAACCUGUGAGGUGUCUUACUGUGACCGCUGCCUCCGAGCCACCCACCCAAACAAGAAGCCCUUCACCAGCCACCGAUUGGUGGAGCCAGUACCAGACACGCACCUGCGAGGGCUCAUGUGCCUGGAGCAUGAGAAUGAGAAAGUGAACAUGUACUGUGUGGCCGAUGACCAACUGAUCUGUGCCUUAUGCAAACUAGUGGGGCGCCACAGAGACCACCAAGUGGCAUCUCUAAGUGAUCGAUUUGAGAAACUCAAGCAAGCUCUGGAAAUGAACCUGACGAAUCUGGUUAAGCGUAAUAGUGAGCUAGAGAAUCAGAUGGCCAAACUGAUCCAGAUAUGUCAGCAAGUCGAGGUGAAUACUGCAAUGCAUGAGGCCAAGCUCAUGGAAGAGUGUGAUGAACUGAUGGAGAUCAUCCAGCAGAGGAAGCAGGCGAUUGCAGUCAAAAUAAAAGAGACCAAGGUGAUGAAGCUGAGGAAGUUGGCACAGCAGGUUGCCAAUUGCCGCCAAUGUCUAGAACGCUCAACAGUCCUCAUCAACCAAGCAGAGCGUAUCCUGAAAGAAAAUGACCAGGCACGAUUCCUACAAUCUGCAAAAAACGUCGUGGAGAGGGUUGCCAUGGCAACAGCAUCCUCUCAAGUUCUCAUCCCAGACAUCAAUUUUAAUGAUGCUUUUGAAAACUUUGCUUUAGAUUUUUCCAGAGAAAAGAAACUGUUGGAGGGGCUAGAUUACUUAACAGCCCCCAACCCACCGUCUAUACAAGAAGAACUUUGUACUGCUUCCCAUGACACUAUCACCGUCCACUGGCUCUCAGAAGAUGAAUUCAGCAUCAGUUCCUAUGAGCUGCAGUAUACCAUAUUCACUGGCCAGGCUAACUUCAUCAGUAAGUCAUGGUGUGGUUGGGGCCUGUGGCCAGAGAUAAGAAAAUGUAAGGAAGCAGUAAGCUGCUCAAGAUUGGCCGGGGCUGCACGAGGCCUGUAUAAUUCUGUGGAUAGUUGGAUGAUUGUGCCCAACAUUAAACAGAACCAUUACACAGUGCAUGGACUCCAGAGUGGGACUCGUUACAUCUUCCUCGUCAAAGCCAUCAACCAGGCAGGCAGCCGGAACAGUGAACCUACCCGACUGAAAACAAACAGCCAACCCUUUAAGCUGGACCCAAAAAUGACUCACAAGAAAUUGAAGAUCUCCAAUGAUGGCUUACAAAUGGAGAAAGAUGAAAGCUCUUUGAAGAAGAGUCACACCCCAGAAAGAUUCAGUGGCACUGGCUGCUAUGGAGCCACAGGAAAUGUAUUCCUUGACAGUGGCUGUCAUUACUGGGAAAUAGUCAUGGGGUCAUCAACCUGGUAUGCUGUUGGGGUUGCCUACAAGUCAGCUCCAAAGAAUGAAUGGAUUGGCAAAAACUCAUCAUCGUGGGUUUUCUCCCGCUGCAGCAGUAACUUUGUCGUCAGACACAACAACAAAGAGAUGUUGGUCGACGUGCCCCCUCAGCUGAAACGGGUCGGAGUUCUCCUGGAUUAUGACAACAAUAUGCUCUCCUUCUAUGACCCGGCUAACUCCCUCCACCUUCAUACCUUCAACGUCUCCUUCAUCCUCCCAGUUUGUCCGACCUUCACCAUCUGGAACAAAUCCCUCAUGAUCCUAUCUGGCUUGCCUGUCCCAGACUUUAUCGAUUACCCAGAGCGACACGAAUGCAACUGCAGGCCCCAAGAGUCCCCAUAUGUAUCUGGGAUGAAAGCUUGUCAUUAAAUUCCAAAAGAGCACGUGUUUCUGUGACCGUUCCCCGAGGCAGAGAGUAGAACGUCUUGCCAGCAAGCAAUCUGUCCCCACCUCAUCUUCAGCUAACCUUCAAAAACAAAUAAUGAAAUAAAGUCCUUUCAAAACAACCAAAAUAACUCGA